UAAGGUAUGAAAAGAAAAGAAAAAGAAACUUUUCCAACAUCCCUUGUGAAGUACAUAUAUCUGAAACGUGAGAACCGCCUGCAACACAACACACAAGUCAAGCAAGCAUGAAUGUUGAAGAAGAAGUUGAAAAACUAAAAGUUGAGAUCCAUCGACUUGGCACUAAGCAACCAGAUGGUUCUUACAAGGUGACAUUCGGUGUGCUUUUCCACGAUGAUAGAUGUGCAAACAUAUUUGAAGCGCUGGUUGGGACACUGAGGGCGGCCAAGAGGCGCAAGCUUCUAACAUAUGAUGGUGAAUUGCUGCUUCAAGGUGUUCAUGACAAUGUUGAAAUUGUACUAAAAGCACCUCCUCCAGAAGCUGUAGCAUGAUUGACUGUAAUCUGAACUAUAAAUUACUGGUUGAAAACCAUGUUUGUAUAAACUCGAAUCUUGUUAUCAAGUUGUAUGUUUGAUCAUAAUUGGCUUCCAAACCAAUGUUUGUAAUAGAUGUUUUCAUCAUCCUAA